AUGGCUUCCAUUUCCAGUACCAUUGGAACUUCUCCCUCUCCGCACCUUCCCAAAACCCCAACCUCCUUCUCACUUCACAACACUUCCCGUUUCGCCCCCCUUCUCCGUCUCCGACCAAACCACAAAACCCCCGCCGUUUCUUUCGUUAUCUCCGCAAUUGACACUCCCAACACUCCCACACUCACCGCUCAAGAAGCCUUCAAGGGUUUUGACAUCGAUAACGACCAGCUCAACCACCUCCCUGUUGCCGUCAGCAAAGAUGAACUCGACAUUUCCAAACUUCAGUUUCCUCCCCAGCUUGUGGACUCGCUCCGAAGAAGAGGAAUUACCAAUCUCUUCCCCAUUCAGAGAGCUGUCUUGCUACCUGCAAUAGAAGGUAGAGAUAUCAUUGCUCGUGCAAGGACUGGGACCGGGAAGACGCUAGCAUUUGGAAUUCCAAUUAUCAAGAGUCUCACUGAGAAUGGACAAAGCACAAUGAGGCGAUCUGGGCGACUUCCUAAAGUGUUGGUCCUUGCACCAACUAGGGAGUUAGCUAAGCAAGUAGAGAAGGAGAUACAAGAAUCUGCACCUUAUCUAAACACUGUUUGUGUUUAUGGCGGUGUUUCUUAUGAUAUUCAGAGGAAUGCGCUUUCGCGUGGUGUUGAUGUUGUGGUCGGAACACCUGGAAGGCUAAUUGACUUGAUAAAUGGGAAAAGCCUUAGACUUAGUGAAAUUCAGUAUUUGGUACUUGAUGAAGCUGAUCAGAUGCUUGCAGUUGGGUUUGAGGAGGAUGUGGAAGUGAUUUUAGAAAAGAUCCCGUCUCAGCGGCAAAUCAUGCUUUUCUCUGCAACCAUGCCGGGUUGGGUCAAGAAGUUGUCAAGAAAACAUUUGAACAAUCCAUUGACUAUUGAUUUGGUCGGUGAUAGAGAAGAAAAGCUUGCUGAGGGGAUCAAACUUUAUGCUGUACCAGCCACUGCGUCAUCAAAGCGGAGAAUUCUUUAUGGUCUUAUAAAUGCAUAUGGAAAGGGUGGGAAGACUAUUGUUUUCACACGGACAAAAAGGGAUGCUGAUGAAAUAGCACUGUCAUUAUCAAAUAGUAUAGCUUCUAAAGCACUGCAUGGUGAUAUCUCUCAGUAUCAGAGAGAGAAAACAUUGAAUGGUUUUCGGCAAGGGAGAUUCACAGUGCUUGUUGCUACUGACGUUGCUUCUCGUGGACUAGAUAUUCCCAAUGUUGACUUGAUUAUACAUUAUGAACUUCCCGAUGGUCCCGAGACUUUUGUUCACCGCUCUGGUCGUACUGGACGUGCUGGAAAAGAGGGUGCUGCUGUAGUAAUGUACACCGCUACCCAGAAAAGAACUGUUAUGUUGUUUGAGCGUGACAUAGGCUCCCAGUUUGAAUUUAUUAGUGCACCACCUAUGCAAGAUUUACCAGAAUUAUCUACCAGGUUAGGCGUUGAUACACUUGAUAGAGAUAGAAGUAUUCGGAGAGGUUCUAGGGAUCAGAGAGGUUAUAGAACUGGUGGGGAUGACUGGUUAACCGGUGGUAGGCGAUCAGGUGGGGAUGACUGGUCAAGUGGAGGUAGGCGAUCAGGUGGGGAUGACUGGUCAAGUGGAGGUAGGCGAUCAGGUGGGGAUGACUGGUCAAGUGGAGGUAGGCGAUCUGGUGGGGAUGACUGGUCAAGUGGAGGUAGGCGAUCUGGUGGGGAUGACUUUUUAAGUGGAGGUAGACGAUCUGGUGGGGAUGACUUUUUAAGUGGAGGUAGACGGUCAAGCGGAUAUUCGUCAAACAGAACUUCUUCGCCAAACAGAUAUUCAUCGCCAAACAGAUCUUCAUCACCAAACAGAGGGGCCUGUUUUAAUUGCGGAGAAUCAGGGCAUCUGGCGUCAGAGUGUCCCAAAAAUCAAGACUUUUUUUAG